UUGCUGUCAGUUGAUUCGUUAAGCCAGUGAGUGUUUAAACCAGUAUAACGGUAUAGAGUUUCAGAAGAUGUCUAGUCGUAAAAUUUCGCUUCUAUUGUUGGUGGCAUGUUCCAUAGCAUUAAUACACGCACGGCCUAAUGAAAAGCUUGCUGCGCGGCUCUCACGUCUCUACUUGGAUCCAGCGAAUGACGAACGCUUCAAUGACAUCGAACAGUUCAACGGCGACGAAAUGCAGUAUUCCGCCAGAAAGGAUAUGAAGGAUAAAGAAGUAAUAUUACGGAUUAUGGAUGAAUCCACCAAAAAACCUGAUGAAAGUGUUGCACUCACCCAAAGUGCCGAAAUAGAGGAGGGACUAACGCGUUCGAUGGUUUCUUCGAUAUUCAGAUUUAUGGGCAAUGCGAUGGGACACUUUAUACGUUAAUUGUAAUAAUUAAACAGAGAAAUAUAUAUACAUACAUACAUACAUAUGUAUGUAUGCAAUAUUUUAUAUGUAAAUUGAUAUUCUUCCAGUAAAAACGAUGAGCUUCGAGAUAAAAUGUCA